AUGGUGAUUGGAAUGCAACUCGGCCGGCGAGUCAAUUCAUACUGGGUGAAGGAGGGAGGAGAGAUGUAUCAGGAUGUAUCAGAGUCAACAAAGCGAGCGUCAUCAGGGAAUGCCAAGACGCCAGACAGCCAAUCAGAGACGCCGGGGAACAGCGUGAGCGGGUCCACCGCACCAGCCAAUGAGAGGCGCCAUUGGUGGCCCCGCUGGGGCUCCAAGCACCAACGCGAACCAAGUGAUUUCCUGACUAAGGACACUAGCACCAACAACACAGACCACACCCAGACCGCCUGGGACUCGGAGACGCGCGCUGGCGACGCUACGCUCUUUUCUGUUUCCACAACGAAAUCAUCGGUUGGACUGUGCUCAACUGUUGUCAAUCCUCGCUGGGACCACUUUGUUCGUCCUCGCCCAAUUCCUCAACUCUUCUCCCCCAUCCCACCCUCUCGCACUCUAUUUCCAUCUCUACCGCUGUACAGUGUCCGUGGGAUAUCCGACAAGAUGAGAGAAGUUAUUAGUUUGAACGUCGGCCAGGCCGGUUGCCAGAUCGCCAACUCCUGCUGGGAGCUUUACUGCCUUGAGCACGGUAUUCAGCCUGAUGGGUACCUGACCGAAGAACGCAAGGCCCAGGACCCCGACCAGGGUUUCAGCACUUUCUUUUCCGAGACUGGCCAGGGCAAAUACGUUCCCCGUACCAUCUACUGUGACUUGGAGCCCAAUGUUGUCGACGAAGUCCGCACUGGUACCUACCGCAGCCUCUUCCAUCCCGAACAGAUGGUCACUGGCAAGGAGGAUGCCUCGAACAACUAUGCCCGUGGUCACUACACUGUCGGCAAGGAGAUGAUCGACCGUGUCCUCGACCAGGUUCGCCGUGUCGCCGACAACUGCGCUGGUCUGCAGGGUUUCCUCGUCUUCCACUCUUUCGGUGGUGGUACUGGUUCUGGUUUCGGUGCUCUUUUGAUGGAACGUCUCUCUGUUGAUUACGGCAAGAAGUCCAAGCUCGAGUUCUGUGUCUACCCUGCUCCUCAGAACGCCACCGCUGUUGUCGAGCCUUACAACUCUAUCCUCACCACACACACCACCCUCGAGCACUCCGACUGCAGCUUCAUGGUUGACAACGAAGCCAUCUACGAUAUCUGCCGCCGCAACCUCGGCAUUGAGCGUCCCGGAUACGAGAACCUCAACCGUCUGAUUGCCCAAGUCGUUUCCUCCAUCACUGCUUCUCUCCGUUUUGAUGGCUCCCUGAACGUCGACUUGAACGAGUUCCAGACCAACUUGGUGCCAUACCCUCGUAUCCACUUCCCCUUGGUUGCAUACGCUCCUGUUAUCUCUGCUGCCAAGUCUCUUCACGAAGCCAACUCUGUCAACGAGAUGACCAUGUCUUGCUUUGAGCCCAACAACCAGAUGGUCAAGUGUGAUCCCCGCAACGGCAAAUACAUGGCUACUUGCCUGCUGUACCGCGGUGACGUCGUGCCCAAGGAUACCCACGCCGCCGUUGCCACCCUCAAGACCAAGCGCACUAUCCAAUUCGUCGACUGGUGCCCUACUGGUUUCAAGAUCGGUAUUUGCUACCAGGCACCUGAGAUGGUGCCCAACGGCGAUCUCGCCAAGGUCAACCGUGCUGUGUGCAUGUUGUCCAACACCACUGCUAUCGCCGAGGCCUGGUCCGCUCUCGACCACAAGUUCGACCUCAUGUACUCGAAGCGUGCUUUCGUUCACUGGUACGUUGGUGAAGGUAUGGAGGAAGGCGAGUUCUCCGAGGCCCGUGAAGACUUGGCUGCUCUUGAGCGCGAUUACGAGGAGGUUGCCAGUGAUUCGCUUGAAGACGAGGAAGAAGUUGAGGCCGAAUACUAG